CGCGUGACUCUGCGUCAUGUGACUCUUCUGUUGUUGUUUGCUAGCAGUUCCCAGCUACACAUGAAAAGCGUAACUUGUUGACUUAUUGGUGAGUUUUUGAAUCAAGAAAGCGAAACGAAGAAAUUUUGGGGCCAUUUUUUUUAAACUAAAAAGCCAUGGCUAUUCCUUAAAGUCGUUUUGAGCAGCAUUUAAGCUCGACUCCGCUGAAGAUGAAUGCUCUGGUAGCUCUGUGUCACUUCUGUGAGCUCCAUGGUCCCCGGACCCUCUUCUGCACUGAGGCACUACACCCUCCAUCCCCAGACCCGUCCUCCCAGACUGGUACCCCGGUGCCAGGAGACAGAGAUGGGGACCGUGAGGGCGAAGGUCUCACCAUGAGGGCCAACAGCUCGGCUACACCUAGAGGGGAGAUGUGUGAGGGAUGCAGAUCUCUGCCUGCAUCUCAUCCCGGCUUUGUGAGCUUUGAUGAUGAAACGGGAAUUCGAUUUCUGAGCCAUCAGCAUCCCAGGCAGCCGCAACUUUUCAGCGUUGUCCGCCAAGCCUGUGUCCGUAGUCUCAGCUGUGAGGUGUGUCCUGGACGUGAAGGGCCGAUAUUUUUUGGAGACGAGCAACAGGGGUUUGUGUUUUCUCACACCUUUUUUAUCAAAGACAGCCUGGCCAGAGGGUUCCAGCGUUGGUACAGCAUUGUUAUCGUAGCCAUGGAUAGAAUCUACCUCAUCAACUCUUGGCCUUUCCUGUUACGCCACCUCAAGCUUACCAUACACAGUCUGCAGAGCACCGCUCUAAAAGUAUUUGACAGCGAGCAGGGGGUUUGUCCUCAUCGAGCCAUGCGGAUGAACAAUGCAUUUUCACCCGCAGUUUUUCCACACCAAAGGAGUGGGAACGCAGCCCGAUCACUGACCUCUCUCACUCAGCAUCCCAAUCUGUGGGCCAGCCUGCACUCUUCUUUCAGCUGGUUGCUGAAAGCUUGUGGGAGCCGAUUGACAGAGAAGCUUCUUGAAGGGGCUCCUACGGAGGACACACUGGUACUUAUAGAAAGACAGACAGAGCAAGAAGAGGAGAUGAGCUGCUGGGAGGGAGCGGAAGGAGGCGGGUCCAAGUCGCAGCUGUACCAAUCAGCGAGCCCGCUAGGCCUCGACUUCCUGUGUGACGAUUCAAAGUCAGAGCAGUUACCUGGUCCCAAGUUUAGGUCACUUAGGCAUUUAAGACAGGUUUUAGGGCCGGCUGACUUUCGUCAGCUAGCGUGGCAUGUGCUGAUGGGAAAUCAGGUCAUCUGGAGAGGAGCAGACCCUGGGCUCAUCCAGUCAGCCUUCACAGUCCUAAAGUCUUUGCUGCCGGUCGGCUGUGUGCGCCCAGUGGCGUACAGCGAUCGGUAUGAGGAGGCCUACAAAUGCAACUUCCUGGGUCUCAGCCCCGACGUUCCCAUCCCAGCACACGUCAGCUCCUCAGAGUUUUCAGUGCUGGUGGACGUCACAUCAGAGAGGAGCCAUGCCACUUGUGCUGCUGGUGAAGAUAACAUCUCUGCUUUUAAUCACUUCACCAUCAGCAGUGCAAGCACACAACCGACAGACAGAGGUCCAACUUUAUUGAACAAGCUGGAGGUCGCCCUGUCUAACGAGAACUUGUCUGUAGACGUCGUGUCUCACUGCCUGCUUUGUUUGAAGGAGGAGUGGAUGAAUAAGGUCAAAGUGCUGUUCAAGUUCUCCAAAGUGGAUGGCCGAGGGAGGGAGGACACCCAGAGGGUUCUGGCCGUCCUCGGCGCCACGGGGCCCGGCGAGGAGGACAACGUCCGGCUGCUCAAGUACUGGAUGACGGGACUCAGCAAAACCUACAAGAGCCAUUUAAUGACAGCAGUGCGAGGAGGGGAGAGGAGCCUCAGUCAGUGACAAAGAGAGGAGGAGGAGCCCCCAAAGGGGCGAAAAACGGGGAGCUAAGAAAAAAGGGGGGGUACAUGCUGGAAAAAAAGGAAAGUGAAAGCAGCAUCUAAAUGCUAAACGAAGCAUGCAUGAGUCUUUUCAGAGCAACUGUUCAGCACUUUAGCUGGAAUGAAAGGGAACUGUGGAUGAAGGAAUUUGAUCAUAUAUCGUCUUUUUACUAAAAGGAUGCUUACUCUGCACAAAUUAAGAGUUUUUAAAUAAUAUAUGAGGAUAUUUUUUUGUACCAGAGGGAAUUUCUUAAUGCAAAAUUUAACUUAUGACUUCAGUUAUUUGCACUUCUGUGUACUAUUCUGACAUUUUGUGCUGAAAUAAAUCAUCAGGUUUAUUUAACUCCA